UGGACGCUUGAGCUCCCUCCUACUGGACUGGACGGUGGGCUUCCCGCUAGGCUGGAGGAAGGCUUCUCACCGGGCUGGAGGCAGGCUCCCGGGUAGGCUGGAAGGCAUGCUCCCGGGUAGGCUGGAAGGCAGGCUCCCGGGUAGGCUGGAAGGCAGGCUCCCCGAUGGGCUGGAGGCAGGCUCCCACCUGGGCUGGACCGCAGGCUCCCAGUUGGGCUAGAUCGCAAGCUCCCAGCGGGGCUGGUGGUCGGUAGGCUCCUGGCUAGGCUGGAAGGCAGGCUCCCCACUGGGCUGGAAGGCGGGCUCCUCACUGGGCUGGUCGACAGGCUCUCUUGGGCUUCCACUCCUUGAUUGCCCUGAUUGGUUGGGCCGACUCGAGCUCUAGGUUGCUGGGCCCGCUGGUCCAAGUUCGGGGCCUGGGCCGAUUAGGCUCUGGGCCUGGUCCCAUAACCCUAUCACGAGUCCCCCACUCCCUUAAUCGAGUAGUAGACUCGGCUGAGAAGGAGUAGUUCGGGUCAGCUGCCUAUUAAAAAAUAUUCACAUAUCAGGGAGCCAUAAUUGUGGAUUCUGUCAAUCCCACAAUUUAUGGAGAUUUCCAAAUUUCGAAUAAGGCACCCAACUUUAAAAGACCCCAAAUUAAUUCCCUUAGCGUUCUAGCAUUCCAGCAGCAAGCUUUCUCCUAGACUUCAGGAUCCAGGUCAGCUUCAAAAAAUCCCUGAAAUUCAUUUUUAUUACUUCAUAAAUUAUUUUCGGACUUUAUUUUAUUUUUCCUUCCUUUUCUUUUCUUUCCUUUUCUUUUCUUUCCUUCUUUUUUCUUUCCUUUUCUUUUCUUUCCUUUCUUUUUUCUUUCCUCUCUCUCCUGGGACCUGCGUCCGUCUUCCCCGCGUCGCCCCAGCGCCGCAGUCAACCGGCCGACUGGGUUGACCGCCGUUUCCCUCGUGGCGGCUCUUGGGUCGGCCUCUGCUGCGCCAAGCGGCUGUCUCGCUCCACCCGCCGGUCGCCGACGUCCCCAGCAGUCCAGGCGUCUAGCGAAAUUGGCCGGCGGGUCUGAGAUCUUGUUGUGGCCGGCGCAAUCUUCAGGGAUGAGCGGCCUCCCCGGAGGCUGGUGGCCAGGCGGGCGGGCGACCAGGCGCUCUCAGGCCGGGCGCUGCCAGCCGUCGUUGGCUAAGAAGCCGAGCGGCCAAGUGGCGACACCGUCCCCUUUUUUGCCGGCUUAGCUGUCAAUUUGGUUGGACGCCGUGUGUGGUUCACCGAUUCCACAUGCCGGCCCCUGCCGCGCCCAAUGCCUGUCCUGCGUCACUCGCCGCCUGCGACACCGCCCCUGCAGUUCGGCGGGUCUAGCCGACAGGUCUGGUCCCCCAUGCUUGGCUGGCGCGGUUUCUAGAAUCCGGAGGCCACCCUAUUGUUCAUGCUAACAUGCGGGUGACCGGGUUCCAGGGGAAUUGGACCUCCGAAGUUUGUCUCCCAGGAUCUUCAUCCCGCAUCCCUUGGUGAAAAUUCUUGGAAAUUGAACUUAUCUCACGCUUUUUUUUUUCUUUUUUUUUGCAGAUCCGGUCUUCUCUUCCCAGUGUGAAAAAUGCAAGGCGAUGGGCGCUCUGCUUAUGAAAAUAACGGUCAUGUGGAUUUGGGAUUAUCGGCUGACAUCGAAGUAGAGCGUGGGGCAGCUGCGAGACCCAUGCGGGUCAGCCACGGCCCUCUGCCCCGUAUGCAUGCAGGUGCUACUACUGGGCGGCAAGCUGAUGCUCUCCCUGAGUUGGCUCCAGCUAGGCGGGUUGCUACUUCUGAGGGACGACCUCUCAAUGUUCCAGAUAGGGCAUGCAUCCGACCUGUGAACGUACCAGACUCAGAUGAUGAUUCCGAUACUCAGGCAGACCUGGAUUCCUGGUGGGACCUUGAUAGCAGCGGAAUACCGGGCCUCCCUUCUCGCGUCACGGAGGAUGACCUUAUCAUGGCAUGUGGUUUGAUUGGUAAUAAUUGUUUGUUGGAAACUCCGGGAGUUACUGACAUAUUGAGCAAUCCACCAACCCCAUAUUUCGGGGUCCAUAUCCGCUCUCUGGAGUUAGGGAUGGCUGUGCCACUGCAUCCCUUCCUGAUUCGGUUCCUUCACUUCUUGGGUGUGGCACCGGGUCAAUUGGCUCCGACGGCUCAUAUGUUCGUUGCAGCUUUCGUGUCGCGAUGUGAGGGUGUGGGCCUCACACCCACGAUUGAUUUGUUUUUCAGCUGUUUCCAGUGGUGUGCUUCUAGCUUUUUCACCCCAGUCUCCCAGAGGUCAGUGAGCAAACUGUUUCGGUCGGGUUACCCCGCUUCAGGCAAGGGGUGGAAGAAGAGAUGGAUCUGGGUGUCUGACCCCGAUCUCCCGUCACCUCCGUUUCAGUGGGGUGAGCGGGUUCGGAAGUGUGACCGGGUCGCGCUCUCCCCUGGUCUCAAGUCCUCCAUCGAGAUAUUGUCCGCAGGCGGUCCCCACUCCAUCAACUCAUAUUUAGGUGAUUGUCGUCUCCCUGGUCUAUGUUUGCUACUUUGUAUUUUAUUCUGCUUAUCCUCACAUUUUCCUUCCGCAGCUGUGCCUGAGAAGCUCGUUGUUGAGGCGGAAUCCGAUGAAGAGGAGGAGCCUCAACGAGUCAUCGUUCCUGUGGCAGCAACAGCUGCAGAGGGGAAAGGGCACGAAGCCCCCCCUCCAAGAAGGAUGAGAGUUACCUUCGGGCCUCGGCCAACUACGCCAGUGCAGGAGAAGCACAAGGGCGGACUCGUCGAUCUGCUAGUCAAAUUGGAUGGGUCCGAUGAGGAGGAGGAGGAGGAGGAGCCCUGCCCCGCCGUUGCUGAUGUGGCCCCCAAGACGGUUGCGGGGAAAGAGCGCGGAGCCUCCUCCCCGGGCCGAGGGGAACGAGCCUCGAAGAAGGCCAAGGUCGCCCCCAAGUUUCCUUCCGCUGAGCAGGUACAUGAGGGUGCAGAUGAGAGGAUGGCCGAACGGAGCAGCCAUGACACCCAGCAUACAGUUACUUACGCCUUCCCAUCUUCGAGUGCCUCGAUUGUGCAUGAAGGCUUCCCGGUCGUGGAUUAUGCUUCAUCAAUCCUCCCACCAGGCGACCUCACCUGUACGACUUCCCAAGAGUUUCAUCCCCUCUUGGAGGGUUCUAUCCGGUCACAUAUCGAGGUAGGUUGAUCACGUUUUGGUGUGGAUUGUGUUUAUCC